AUGUCAUUCUCCAUGGCCCCAAAUGGGGCUGGGUCUCAGCAGCCAGCCCACCUCUCGUUGAACAGCAACGCUGGUGGUUUGUCUAACAACACUGCCCCUGGCUUGAAUCGUCCCCCCAACCAACACUCUUCCAACUACCACCUCAACGGCACUUCGACACCCACCUACCUCAUGCCCACUAGCCCGCCUAAGAGUCGCCGCGGAAGCAGUGACGGUAGCAGCCCUAAGCUGGAGACUGCGGUUGGACAGGUCCCAAUCUGUCUUGUAAAUGCUUCCAUAACGUACUGCGGAAAUAAUGAGAUCUAUGCCUUUGGAGGCUUCGACCAGGAGACGGAUGAGGUCUACAACCACGUCUUAAAAUUAGAUCUCACUACCCGGAGAUGGGCUCUAGUUGAUAACUUCGGGGACAUUCCUGGAGUUCGCAUGGGACAUACCGCGUCUUUCUACCAGGGUGACAAACUUAUCGUUUUUGGAGGAGAGAAUGAACGUCCUGAACACCUUAACGACGUUAUUGUAUUUGAUAUCAAAACUGCAACCUGGACAUCGCCCGAAAUCCGAGGGAAACCCCCACGAGGAAGAGCUCGACAUGCAUCCGUCAUCUACGAAGAUAAACUGUUUGUGAUCGGCGGUGUAACAGGGGAAUCAAACCUUAUACUCGACGAUAUCUGCUAUCUCGACCUCAAAACAUGGACGUGGUCCCGCACAUGGAGGUUUGUGGCUCGCUUCGACCAUGCUGCAUGGGUAUGGGGUGGUCGUCUCUGGGUUUUUGGUGGACUGGGUGCGGAUAUGGAGCGAUGCACAGAUCUGUGGUGGCUGGAUCUCAAGGGUACCCCAUCACUCGAGAGAAUCUCCUCGACAGAGCAAGACUCUCCAAAUAAUACUCCGCCAACGACUGGACGGUUGAACAGUUUCACUCCCAAUGCCGCUAACACCCAGAUCCGAUCAGCAAAUUCUCGUCGUAAACCGACUGCACCAGGUGCCAUAUCUUCCCUCAAGUUUCACUCAGGACCGUAUGUACCGGCUCUACGGUCUGGAACGCACUUCCACGUUUAUUCAUCGGGCCUACUCCUCGAUCUCGUCACACCCUCCGAAACAGUCAAACCCUGGGAAUGUAACCUGUCCACCAUGGAGAUGGACUCCCUACGCUGGCAGAAACUAGCAAGUGGCCAGGAGAUAUUCCCGGUUGAAAACCGCUGGCAUUACUGUACCAUUGAUGAAGCCGGAAGUACAGCCUGGCUGUUUGGCUCCAGCUCUGGAAACUUGGACCUUGGGGGAGAUAACCGACUCGAUGCCAUACUUACUAUCGAUCUUGAAAAGUACGGGGUAUUGGGCCGGGAAGCUACGGAGCAGAAUCGCAUCCUUGCCUCCGAGCGGCAAAAUACCCUGAGCAACCUCGGUGCUGGGCUUGCUUCGGUCUUUGACCAGCCCCCAGAGUCUGGUUGUGGGUCAGAUUUCAUUAUUACCGCAGAUAUGGACGAUGCUGAAUUCUCGUACGGCCAAUCUGAAGGGGACGAAAGAGCGCCAGAAUUUCUGCCAGAGGAUGCUGCAAGAUCUCCGCCGAUACACGUUCAUCGCAUCAUACUGUAUGCCCGAUGGCCUCACUUCCAACGCCUUUAUGCUGCGAAAAUGGCAGAAUACCACACGAACAGAAUGCACAUACCAGAGCCCUACCGUGUCGUCAGAGCAUUUCUCUACUAUCUAUACACAGAUUGUAUCUCUGGGGAUUCUGAAGUCAGCCCCAGCGUCCUCGAGGUUGCAGGCAUGCUAGUGAUGGCAAAUAUGUAUGACAUGCCAAAACUUAGACUUCUUUGCGUGAACCGCCUUAGCCGAGAACUCGAUGUCGAUACUGCAGCUAUUAUCUGGGAACGAGCUGGCCGCACUGAUGAAGACUGGCUCAGGCGCCGUGCUGCUUCCUUCUGUCUUGCAAACUGGGGUAGAAUCGUUCGCAGCGAAGGGUUCCGCUUGCUCAGCAAACAGAGUAUGAUCGACCUCUGCGAGGUUGUCGACACCGAAGCUCGAAUUCUGACUGGGCAUGAGGCUGAGUUGCGUGAUAUCCUCGCGGAAAGAUACGACGCCACGAGCCCAAGAAGACCACGAGUGGCCGUUGCUGCAGGAGGACUGGAAGACGACCUUGACAUCGACGAAGAGGACGGCAUGGAAAUCUCCUGA